CAACUUCCGGUUAGGAGAGUAAUAGCUCUUCACUUUUAGUGAAAAAUGAAAAUAUCGCCUUUUAGUCACCAUUUAUUGUCUUUAUUUAUGUAAAAUCAAAUCUAAUAUAAAAUGCUGAAAUCAAACAAGCGUUUAUCUACUGAAAAAUGUGCUGAUUGUGGGUCGAUCGAGGCACCAUGGGCGUCCAUCAAUCGAGGAGUUUUGGUUUGCGAUGACUGUUGUAGUGUUCAUAGAUCUCUUGGCCGUCAUAUUUCUCAAAUUAAAGCAGUAAGAGGUAAAUGGAGCCAAAGUCAGUUAGGGAUGCUGCAGUGUUUAGUUGCAUCUGAUGCAAACACUAUUUGGGAGUGUACAUUAACUGAAGGAACACUUGGCAAGCUCAGUAAACGAAAACCAACUUAUAAAGAUGCUUUACAUCCAACAAAAGCCAAUUUCAUUCGAGCAAAGUAUGAAGCUUUACAAUAUGCUUUCAAAGGAAAAGAUUCAGAUAUAUUCUCAUCCGACGAACUUAAUAAGAAACUAUAUAAUUGCGUUAAAACUCAAAACGUCGACCAGUCACUACGUCUUAUUCACCUUGGAGCAGAUCCCAAUUUUUAUGAUCCUGAAAAUGGAAACUCUCCUAUGCAUGUUGCAGCAGAAUUCGGCCAAAUCUGGCAGAUAGAAUUACUGUUUGUCUGGGGAGCGGAUCCUGGCUGUUAUAACGCCCAUGGUUUGACUCCUGUUGAUCUAGCCAAAAAGAAAGGCCAUGUAGAAAUAAUGGAUCGCUUAAUAGAAUGUCAAUACGAAUUAACAGACAGAUUGGCAUUCUACUUGUGUGGUAGAAAACCAGAUCAUAGAAAUGGUCAACAUUUCCUAAUACCAGAAAUGGUUGAUAACAGCUCCGAUAAUACCGAUUUAGCUAAGGCUGCUAAGAAAAAACUUCAAGCUCUUUCUAAUCAUUUAUUCGAAGAAUUAGCAAUGGAUGUUUACGAUGAAGUAGACCGAAGAGAACUAGAUGGAGUGUGGCUUCAAACACAAAACCAUUCAUCUGUUGUUUCUGAUAAACAUUCUGUUCCAUUUUUACCCGUAAAUUCCGAAUUCACUUCAACUAGAAAUCAAGGAAGACAGAAAUUAGCACGAUUUAACGCUAGAGAAUUCACUAAUUUGAUCAUUGAUAUACUCAGCGACGCCCGCCGACGAGAGCAAGUCAUUUUAAAUAGUAAAUUAGCUGGUGCACAGAACGAACAUCCUAAAAAAAGUAAAAGAUCAAGUUUGAGUGACGAUGAACCUCUGUAUGAUAGUGUAGCUUCUGAUGAAGAUUAUGCAAAUGCUAUCGAUUCUGGAAUUGGCAAAUUUGGUGACCCCGAAAAAAAAUCGCUUGAUUUGAGUUUACCCUCCUCCUCUCCCUCAAAUGGUUCUUUGUCAGUUGUUGAUUUGGUUGACAUAAAGAAAGAAUUGAUUGAACAAAAAGCGAAAGUUCAUGAAUUGGCUUGUGCUAAUCAUGAGCUAAAGAAUCAAGUAAACGAUAUGAGCCAUAAAUUAAAGAAAUUGAUGUUGGAAAAUUCAGAACUGCGAAAUGGAGCUAAUCCCGAACAAAUAAGGCCCUCUUUAUUGAAUGGUCAUGACAUUGUCUUUGGCAACGAUUCAGAAGAUUAUUUAUCCAAUAGUAAAGCAUCGACAUCGAGAAGUAAUAGCUCUGAAAGUGGAACACUACCAACUCAAGAUGAAAUUAUUAAAAGAACGGAGAAAAUAACAAAAAGAAUUCAAGAACUUUUACGAUGUGCUCAAGAAGCCAAAUACGAGGCAUAUGGGCUGUGUUCCGAAAAGAUAUUUAGUGCAGUCUAUGACAUGAUGACCUUGUUUUCCAACUCUAUGGAAGUUGAUCGUAUCCAAAUGGUCCUAAGUCAAUUAAAGAAUGGAGCCAAUCAACUGAAGCAAGAAUGCAAUUCUAUUUCGAUAGAGGAUAAUGAUCUUAAAGUCCAUACCCAAACUGUCAUUCAAUGUGCCUAUGAUAUAGCAAAAGCUGCGAAAGCUCUGGUUCUACUUUUCGAAUGA